ACAUUGUUAUAACUGAGCUAUUGUGCCCACUGGCAAAAACGGAGUUAUCUUUUCAGUUUGGUGCUCAUUGUUUUUCCCUGUUCGUCCUAGGCCUAGCUUCACUUGAGCAGCGGGUUGGUAGUUUCGGAUGAAACGGGCAAUCGGUUUGAAAUAGGCAGGUUCGGUUAGGCGAGUGAAUGACGUUUAGCAAGCUAACUCAGGUCGAUCUUUGCAUCGUUGUACAGAAAUAGUAUUUUGAAUAACUACUUUCAAAUUUCUGAAACUUAACUAGCUAGUUGGGAUUUGAAUAGCUAGCUAGGUAACAAGCUAACUUGUUAAAUGAACCUGAGUAUGGUAGCAGCUAACGCUAGCUACACAUGCUAAUCUAGUUUAGAUAUAGCUAGUUAGUCAAGGUGAUCCGAAGUAUAUAACGAACGUUACAAUAAGCUACCUUAGUUAUCUAAAUCAUAACUAGCGGAUUGAAAAUAGUGGAAUCCUAUCAAAACACAGCUAGCUAGCGUGUGACGUUGUCAUUGUUUUGACAGCAGCACCAGGCUGGAGCGAGUGUACAGUAUGCCAGAGAUAGGUUACCAUGACAAGAACUGACGUUUGAUACUACAUUGAUGUGAGCUGUUUUAUCAAAGAAGGUUUUUUAAAACAUGGUUUAUUUAACCAAAUACGAGUAUGUAGCUAGCAUCAUGUAUACUUGUGCCUGUUAUGAGGAUACAAAAUUAUGGUAACGUUAGUGACUAAACACUUAAUUCAGUUGCAUCUCCCACUUCACUCUUCCAGUUAUAGCAUGGAUCCAGACAGUGAGCCGGAUACACAACGAGCUCUCAGUUUGCAAUGGAAGAGCUAUAAGCUCGUCCAAGACCCAGCCACCCGGAGGGUUAACAACAAAAUAUACCGAUAUGAUGGGGUGCAUUUCAGUGUGCCGGACUCGGGGUUCCCCCCAGUGGGAGAUUUGCGGGACCCUCGACCUCGUAGAAUCUGGUCCAGGCACACAGAGAUGGCCCUGCCAGUGCCCAAGUUCAAACUGGAUGAGUUCUACGUGGGCCCCAUUCCCCUCAAGGAGGUGACCUUCGCUCGCCUCAAUGACAACAUCAAGGAACCCUUCCUGGCUGAGAUGUGCGCAAAAUUUGGAGAGGUGGAGGAGAUGGAGAUAUUGUUUCACCCCAAGACCCGUAAGCACCUGGGCCUGGCCCGCGUGCUCUUCACCAGCACCAGGGGGGCGAAGGACACGGUCAAACAGCUGCACAACACCUCCGUCAUGGGUAACAUCAUUCACGCUCAGCUGGACAUCAAAGGCCAGCAGAGGCAGAAGUAUUAUGACCUGAUAGUGAGUGGCUCCUACACGCCCCAGACUGUGCCCACAGGAGGCAAGGCCCUGACAGAGCGGUUCCAGCCCCCAGCACCAACACAACCAGACACGUCGUCAGAUAUCAGGCGGAGACUGUCCUCUGAGAUAGCUGGCCUGGCUGCGGGCUUGGCUGCAGGGGUACCGGCUCUCACCCCUGGGAGCACUACCCCCUGCUCUGUGGACACAGGCUUCAGUGAGCAACGUCUAGAUACGACCCCCUCCUCCAUGGGGGGGCCCUACACCCCAGGCUCCUCCGCUUCCUCGCAGGGAGGAGGAACGCCCUACACCCCUCGCUCUGUUUCACAGGACUCGGGCUACGCUGUUGCCAGACAAGUUGGAUACAGUGCGGGCCCGUUGACCAGUGGCUACCCUCCCCAGGACAUGCUUCCAUCCUCCUCCUGCUCCUCCUCUACCGUCUCCUCCUCAGUCGGGGCAUACAAAGCUCCCCGGUACUCGGAGGACCCCCAUGCACCUCCUCAAGACCUCUACCAAAGGUGUCGCCCCACAUACCCCCCUACCGGCCCUUUUCGUCCUAACGAGCCCCCGCUCUACCCCACAUACCCAAAUGCUGGAGGGGCUGGACAGCACAUGGCACACCACCCUGCAAUGCCACCCCCACCUCUUGCACCCCAGUACGAGCAGCCCCCUCUGGCAGACCGGGACAGAGAGAGGGACAGGGACUCAGGAGGGCGGCACAGUGCCGGUGGGAUUGGCUCUAGAAGGUCAUCUUACCAGGAGGCCAACUCUUCCUCCAAGUAUUCCCACCACUCGCAUCACUCAGAGAGGGAGAGGGGCUACAGACGGGACAGCCUGGGCUCCAGAGAACACGGCAGACACCGUAACCACCACUCACACAAUCACAGCAGCAGUAGUAGUAGUAGCAGCAGCCGGCGACGGAGCAGCCACGACCGAGACAGCAGGGAGAGGGACAGAGACAGUGACUACUCAAACAGCUCUGACCCCAGAUUCAACUCCAACUCCCACCGCUCCUCCUCCAACAGUCUGUCCCCGCCUCCAUCUGCCUACCCCUCCUACUCCUCCUCCAAAGACCAACCCCCCUCCCCACAACCCCUCUGUCUCCUCCCGCCUAGAGCCCUCCUCAGUCGGAGACGCUCAGCGCCCUUGACUUUGGCCAGGAGAGCCCAGUCAGAGAGGAAACGUGGACCAAGCCCAAACGCCGGCCCACCACCCCACCUCCCCCCUUCUCAGCAUCCCUCCACCCCUCCCUCUUCUCCACCCCACUCCUCCAUCGCUUCCUCCUCCACUUCACCCUCCUCCACCUCCCUCCCACACCAUCUCCCCUCCUCCACUUCCCUCUCCCCACCCCCCCAGCGAGACUCUUCCUCCCCGGAGCCAGAUUCCACCAAUGAGAGCCUGCCAUUUGUCUACCACAGCAGCAGCUUAGACUCUCGUAUUGAAAUGCUCCUGAAAGAGCAGAAAGCUAAAUUCUCCUUCCUGCCCUCUGAUGAAGAUGAGGGAGAGGACAGAAAGGAAGAAAGGCAGAGAGAGAAGGUGGCAGCAGCAGGAGAGGGAGGAGCAGCAGGUGAGGGCAGGAGCAAUAAGCAGAGGGAGCAGGAUGGGGAGAAAGACAGGCGGAGGAGACAAGGAGGAGAUGGUGGAGGCCAGCAGAGGAGGAAAGGAGAGAGGGAUAGAGACGGCCGUAGAGGGAGGAAGCAGAGAACGGGGGGAGAGGGGAGGAAGAGUCCCACUGUGGUAGCACAAGCUACCCCCUCCUCCACCUUCUCUCCCCGUGUCCCCACCACAGAUGACCAUACUAGUCUCCAUGGAACAGCACCUCUGCGGGAGGAGACAGCCCAACCUGAACCUAUUGAUCCAAGGACCAGACAAGGGGCACAGACACCCCCCUACAACGGAAAGAGUCAGUCAUCCCCUCAUUCCUCUGGGGAAGACAUGGAGAUCUCCGACGAGGAUGAAGAACACACCAUUACAGCAGUGACCACCCACCACGCCACUCCUUCCUCCGUCUCUUCUCCAUCUUCAUCCCAGGCCCCCCCUGCCCUCCCAGACAGACCCCUCUGCUCCCCCUCUGACCCCACACAGCACUUUGGCACGUCCAUGCCUGCUCCACCCAUCCCCUCUUACCCCCCUCACCUCCCUCCCCCGGGCUUUUCCCUGCAGCCCCCUCCACCCCCCUGCAUCCCCCCACCGCUGGGCCACAUGGAGCUGCACCCUGAGUACCCUCCUCACAUGCCCCCACACAUGUAUGACUAUGCCAGCAGUAUGGAGCUGAUGAAUCAAUACAGUGGUGGAGCCCCCAUGUCCUUCCAGAUGCAGACCCAGAUGCUGAGUCGGCUGCACCAGCUGGGAUGUCCUCCUCUAAUGGCACCGCUGCCCCUGGUGACGCCCCCCCUUCAGACUACUACCACUCCAUGCCCCCUCCCCCACACCCCCACCACCCCUACAUGGACCAAGAAGGGGGUGGCUAUGAGCAGGAUCAGCACUACAUGCCCCCCCCACAUGCCCUACGCCUACCCUGGCCCCUCUCAGAUGCCCCACCACCACGCCAUCCCGCCUCCACACACGGGCUGGGCCCCGCAUGUCUUACCCGAACACUACGCGUACCACACCCCUCCGCCCUAUGGGACUAUGCCUCCUGUGGGGGGAGAGGCCCAGUACGGGGCGGAGGGGGACCCCCAAAUGCCCCUGCUAACAGAGAACCCCCACGAGGCCACAGUGCAGCUGGUGCUGGCCACCCUCAUCCAGGAGAUGAAGAGCAUCAUGCAGAGGGACCUCAACCGCAAGAUGGUGGAGAACAUCGCCUUUGGAACCUUUGACGAGUGGUGGGAGCGCAAGGAGACCAAAGCCAAGCCGUUCCAGACCAUGGUUCGGGGUGUGGCUGCAGUGAGGGACGAGGACAAGAAGGAGGAGAACAAGGCCAGCAGCAAGCCCCGGGAGCCCCUCAUGUCUCUGGUGGACUGGGCCAAGAGUGGAGGAAUGGAAGGCUUCUCACUGAGAGGGGCGCUACGACUACCAUCAUUCAAGGUGAAGAGGAAAGAACCUCUGGAGCUAGCAGAGGUAGGAGAGAUGAAGAGACCCAAGACACCGCCAGAGGAUGACGACGAAGACUCGUACCAUGACAAGGGUCUAGAGGGAAGAAUGGCAGAUGGGGAGGGCCACAGGGCUGAGAGGGACAGCAGGCGGAGGAAGAAGACGAGAAGUCGUAAACCUUGGGACCUGGACAGCGAAGGAGAAGAGACUUCUGAUGGUUCUUCUUCAGAUAAGGAGGAUGAGGAGGAGGGAAGUGACAAGGGGUCUGAAGAUGAGGCCUUGAGUGCGAACAGUGAUGAUGAGAGCCUCUCCUCGUCCACAGAGAGUUCUUCCUCCUCAACAUCAUCAUCCUCCUCUUCCUCUGAAGACGAGGAUGAGGAGGAAGGAGAGCAGGCCGGCAGUGGACUGGACACCAUGGAUGAGUCUACGAUGGACAGCACAGCUCUGGGCACAGAGAAGGGGGAUGACCGAGAAAAGUCUGCAGCUGCUGUUCCAAAAGCACCGCUCAGCGCCGAGAUCAAAGCUGAAAUUGCUGCCAGCAAGAAGGAUUCAUCAACACUCAGCUCAAACGCUCGUCCUCCAGCCCCCCGCCCCUCCUCCCCAAUUGUCAUUGUGCCUCCUCUCAAGAAGCGAAGGAAGACCGUCUCGUUCUCUACCGGGGAGAGCGACUACAAACCCCACCUUCCAACUGUCCCCUUGUCCCCACCUCCCUCCACUGCCUCUCCUCUCUUGUCCCACAUGAAAUCUCACCUUCCAGAUUCCAUUUUCAUCGCCUCCAUACCUGGAACCACCCCCCUCCAAGACUCUCUCACUCCUCCCCUUUGCCUCCAAACCAGGCGAAGGCAAUGCCCUCUCUCCCUCCCCUGUUCUCACUGUUCCCUCGCCUGUAUGCCCCGAAGACUCAAAAAAGAGCCCUGUCCCUCUGGUGUUCCCCCCAAUCACCCCCACCAAGUCCCCCAACAAACGGGGGGCCACCCCCAAAUCCCCCGCUCCAGUGUGGGUGUGUCGCACCGUGCAGAACCUCCCCCUGGACCACGCUUCCAUGGUCAAGAUGGCCUUCGAGGAGGCCCCGCCCCCUGUCAUAAAGGCCCGGGGCAGGGGACGCCCCAGGACUGUCAGCCUGUCGACCCCCACCCCUCCCCCCCUCUUUCCACACCCUCAGAGAGGAGGAGGAGGAGGAGGGACUGCAGAGGCUGAGACAGUGAGCAGCUGGGAGCAUCCAGCCUGCUACAGCUGGGCUCGGCCCCCACGGCUGAUCUGUCUGUCCUGGCUGAUGUGGCCCUGAAGCUGGCCCCAGAUGCUGGAGACUCAGAGGAGACGGAGACGUCAGACGAGGCAGAGGAGCAGAAGAUGGAGGAGGAGAUGCUCCUCUCUCCCAAAGCCCUCCCCCUGGUUAUGGACCCACAGGGCAUGUCUGCCCUGCAGGAGCACAACUAUUCCAAAGCCCCCUUCCACCUCAUCCAUGCCCAAAAGAGGAGUGUCUCCAAACAGGAGCCUGGGGUGCUCCUCCCUGCAGACUUCAACCAUCACGCCAUCUCUGGGGUGCUGGAAGCUCCUGAGGAGGUCAUAGGGGAACCCCUGCCCUCUAGGGACAGACACCAGGCUGAGUACCUGUCUGGCAUGGGGCUGCUGUGUGAGGAUGGAGACAUGGCCAAGGCCUCUGUGCUGACAUCUCUCACCCCAUCAGCCAAGAGGAAGGGAAUGGCGGUGAGGGGCAGCGAACUGGAGGAGAUGGGGAAAGAGAAGAACAAGAAGAGGAGGAGGAAAGAUAAGGAAAAUAUGGAGUUGCAGCAAACGAAAAAGCAGAAGGAACAUCAGACCAAGAAACAGAAGAGGAAACUAGAGGAGGUGGACCUGGAGGAGGAUGUGGACGUGGAGCAGCUGGAGCCAGGUGAGCUGUCUAACACCGAGGACGAGGAAGAGUGGGACGAUGUGAGGAAGAGCGAGCGCCUCUUCCUCCAGGAGGCCGGGUUGACUUCGUCGCAGCGUUGGCCCAAGCCCAUCCCUGCCCCGGAGCCCGUCACGUUUGACCAGCGCAGCGAGUUUGAGCAGAUGACCAUCCUGUACGACAUCUGGAACUCUGGUCUAGACAUGGAGGACAUGACGCUGCUGAAGACGACCUACGAGAAGCUGCUGCAGGACGACCACAGCACCGACUGGCUCAACGACACACACUGGGUCCACCACACUGUUACCAACAUCCCCAACCCGCGGCGUAAGAAGAAGAGUGCAGACGGGCAGCUGCGGGAGCACGUGACAGGCUGUGCCAGGAGCGAGGGCUACUACGCCAUCAGCAGGAAGGAGAAGGAUGUCUACCUGGAUCUGGAACUGCCUGAGCAGGCCCUACUGGAGGCUGCCGACUACGACGCCUCGGGCUCAAACCGGCUGCUGUCAGAGAGACGGUCGGAGCAGCGCCGCCUCCUCAGUGCCAUAGGCAUCCCUGCAGUCAUGGACUCUGACCUGCUCAAACUCAAUCAGCUCAAGUUCCGGAAGAAGAAGCUUCGAUUUGGCCGCAGUAGGAUCCAUGAAUGGGGCCUGUUCACCAUGGAACCCAUUGCUGCUGAUGAGAUGGUCAUUGAGUAUGUGGGCCAGAAUAUUAGACAGAUGGUGGCUGACAACAGAGAGAAGCGUUAUGCACAGCAGGGCAUUGGGAGCAGCUACCUGUUCAGAGUGGACCAUGACACCAUCAUUGAUGCUACCAAGUUAGGCAACCUGGCACGCUUCAUCAACCACUGCUGCACUCCUAACUGCUAUGCAAAGGUGAUCACCAUAGAAUCCCAGAAGAAGAUCGUGAUCUACUCCAAGCAGGCCAUUGGCAUGAAUGAAGAGAUUACCUAUGACUACAAGUUCCCUCUAGAGGAAAAUAAGAUUCCCUGUCUGUGUGGAACAGAGAACUGCCGUGGGACGCUCAACUAGAUACCACAGCAUGACCACUCAUGCGGCAGUACCCCAUUUCAGUCCCUCCUGUCCCCGCACCACAACCCCUGACAAUAACCAAGAACAAAGCCACACCCACCACCAACAGCCCCCCCUCCAGACCCCAAAGCCCACCUGCUCCUCCAGACUGUCAAACAGUUGUCUGUACCAUAUCCAGAAAACAGAGAGAGACAUGCAACGUUUGCGCUGUUCACACGCUUUAAUUUACCUGGGGUUAUGGUCUAUUAUCUUAGGGGCUGUGAGACUCUCCUUCCCAGGGGUGUGAUUAAUAAUCGGGCCCCCUCUCCUGUACCCCAAACCCCUGAAAUGCAGCAUUAGUCUCUUCUGUAGCAGGAUUUAAUAACUUAGGACCACUUGUUCCCAUUCGUUCAAGGGUGGACACCCCCCCCCCCCCCCCCCCCCCCCCCCCCCUGCCAACAGCCUUUCCUUGGAAUAGAGAAUGCAACCGUAACCUAUCAGAACUGGUUUUGUGUGUCUUGUCUGCCUCCGCACAGAUAGGGAGUGGUCCGGAAGCUUCCGCUAACCCAAACCCUCUGCCCACACACACCAAUCCGCACAUAGACGCACAGGAUUUACAAACAUAUUCAGGGUUUUAAAGGCGUUCGCAGCGCAGUGUUGGUUACACACUCUAAUCCAUUGGGACUUCAGUUAUGCAAGAUUUCCAAAAAUGAAGAUUGUUAGAGCUUUGUCAUUUUAUAGUAUUGCAUAUUCUUAUUACUAUUCUUGUUCUGAUUUCGUUGCGUGAGCUGUAGGUGGGUGCGUGACUCCCCUCACCCGUUUGUUUGGAUGAGAGACCAUAGACUUACAUUUUUGUUUUUCCCAUGCUACAUAAGAAAAAAAUUAUUUGUAGAUCAAAUACUCUAUGGCGUCACAUCAGUUUAUCUUUAAAGCUUAAGAUGGCUGCUGAGUUUUAGUCUGCAGGUUUAUCUCAAUUUGAAAUGCUUUGUUUGUUCCCUUUACAUUGUCCCCUUUCCCCAUUGUGAUGUUGUCCCUCCUCGCGUUAGGAAGCAGAGAAAGGACCUGACACAUGUGUAUCUGUGUGUUUUAAGAGAAUGUAUUCUUACGAAAGAGAGUAAGUUUUUAUUCCUGUCGUGUGAAUGUGCUCUCACUGUCAAUUAGUAGUUUUGUGCUAUUGAACAACCUGCAAAUGUCAGGUUGUCUGUGCUUUUUGUAUGACAUGGUCAAGGCACACUGUCAGGAAAAAUGUUUCUAUGAAAUCUCCCUUAUUUGGCAAACCAUUACAGACAAAUCUGUUCAAAAAAUGUUUUUAAUUUAAAUGUAACCUUUAUUUAACUAGGCAAGUCAGUUAAGAGCAAAUUCUUAUUUACAAUGAUGGCCUACCCGGCUCGACACUGGGCCAAUUGUGCGCCACCCUAUGGGACUCCCAAUCACGGCCGGAUGUGAUACAGCCUGGAAUUGAAACCAGGGACUGUAGUGACGUCUCUAGCACUGAGAUGCAGUGCCUUAGACCGCUGCGCUACUCGGGAGCCCGAACAUAACCCAUUGACCCCAAUACAAGUGUUGAGGUCUGUGUAUGUUGGACUUAGUCAUUGAGUGUGUGUUCUGAAUGGUUUUAAAGGGUUAACUUAUGUGUAGAUCAGAUCUGGUAAAUCUAGUUUCUAGUUAAGUCGAUCUCGAGGGGUCAUUUUUCACUGUUAUUCAUGCUCUCUCAACUCAAGCAGUCGCUGUCCCACAUUUUAAUCUUUGAUUUAGAUGUUUUAAAUGUCACAAGGCCCCUCCAUGUUCUGUUCCUUCCACAGCAGAUAAGUUAUCUAUAUUUCUUGUUGCAACAGGCGAUUUUCAGUACAAACCAACCUCUAACUUUAAAAAUAAAAAGAUGGAAAAAAAGUUCAGACAAAUGUACAUAUUGUAGAAGUGUUUGUUUCUCGUAGAAACACACUGGUUCCAGUCUGUAAAUACGUUGUUCCUUUCCUACGUCCCAUGAGGAAAACUGUACAUACCUUCCAUUGUUAUUUUUUGUUUUUCCUUUUAAUUUGAUUUUAAUAUUAUUUGCAAUAUUUCUCUUGUAUUAAUGCGUUGGACUCUUUUAUUAAUGGUGCAUUAAAAUAUUUUUUAAAUAAA